AUGGAGAAUUCACCAAAACUCCAAGAAAACCAAAGCCCAUCAUCUCUUGUUCCAUCGCCAAACAAUCGUAGUUCCAACAGUUCUAGCAGUAGCACCACCCACAUCAAUGGCCUCCACCACCACAACCACCUAUCACCUCCGGCGUCACAGCCGUCUCCAACACCUGGCGUGCCCAUAGCCAGAUCCGAACCAAACAGCCCGCAUCCGACAACUUUUGUCCAGGCGGACACAUCCUCUUUCAAGCAAGUGGUUCAAAUGCUCACAGGAUCCACCGAGACGGUCCGACACGCCUCCCGACCGGACCCGGCGAAGAACGCGAUUCCUCCCAUCAAGACUGGGCUGAAGAAGGAUAAGUCAACCUCCAAGCUGUACGAGCGAAGAAACAGUCUCAAGGACUUUAAGAUCAGCCCUCUUGGACCUGGACUGGUCAACACGAGACCCAGAUUCUUGUCUGGGUAUUCGGGUUCUCCCCGAAUGGGAACUGCAGAAGUUCUUUCUCCCAGUAUUCUUGAUUUCCCAUCUCUGGUGCUCAGCCCGGUUACACCUCUGAUACCCGACCCGUUCAAUCGGUCACCGAACGAUGGAGCUAGCAAUUUGAACACGGCAGCAGAGGACAAGGCAAUUAAAGAAAAGGGAUUUUACUUGCACCCAUCGCCGGCGAAUACGCCGAGGGAUUCGGAGCCUCGACUUUUACCUUUAUUUCCGGUCACCUCACCGAGAGUGGCAGGUUCUUCUAAUGCUGCAGAUUCUUGA